AUGAGUGAUUACUUGGCGAAAAGUCCCGGAACGCCCCACCGCACCGCAGGUCACUCCAGGGCACCAUCAGCAUCGCCUUUGGAUAUAGUGCCGUAUGCAGGGUUUCUUUUCCCGGACGUUAGGGCCAUUUACACUCUGAAAUUGCACGAAAUUCCUGAAAUAGCCUGCAGCGAAGUGACGCUUUUUGGGUUCGAAAUCUAUAUCGUGGAGCAGUGGGCGCUGGAACGCAGACACUCCACGAUUAUUACAUCAUAUACGGGAAACUCGCAAGACAUCGUUCGAGCCGUCAAAUUUGCGCUCCCCGAGUUGCAAGAUAACUGGCCCAUUCUGUUCCGUGAAUACUACGAAGAACUUAUACAGUACUCUGCUCCCAAAUGGACAGAAGACGGCACGCUUUUCGUUAGUACGUCAUCUCAGAUCCCCUCUGCACUAAACUUACUUCAUGUCGAAUGUGGCGAUCUCCGCAAAAUUUGGGACGUCUUCAAGGUCAAUAUAGAUCUUAAGCGGCUCCAUUGUGGUGGCCGUUCUGCGCUUUUAUUAUGCGAGCCGUCAGGCGCCUCGUGCGAGAAGUUCACCCAGCUAUACAAAGUUGCAGCGCCUGCUGCGAGUUCGCAGGAGCAGGAAUACAGUUAUUCUACUCACGCAGUGCUGGAACUCGUGACAUUGGUGCAGAUUUCGCUAACCUAUUUCAGCCUACUCGAUCCCAAGUAUAAAGACGGCAUUCUCUGCACUUUCACGGAAAAUGCCAUUAAAGAAUGGUGGUCUAUGUAUGGAACUCUCUACCUAGGCUGUGAUAGGCCCCGUCAUGAGGGCCCAUUGGGCCCCACAACCGUCGCAGGACUAAUCAGCCUGGUGCUGACCAUUUUUUUCAAAUUAACAGUCCUGAACUGCAUGCCCACGAAGGAGCCUUACGAUGAAAGUUCUUUCCGCAGUGGUGUUUAUUUGUUCCAAAAAAAGUUUGGCCUUUUCAAAGCAAACAUAAAGACGCUUUCGGCUUUGGAUCCAAUAUUGGUAUCUAAACUGUUUGAAGUGAGGCCAAAAGCGUCGAAUACCGACAUUUUCAAAAUCAAAAAAGCUGUUAAAUCCACUGUUCAGGAUAUUGCCGGUAAGGGCAACCCGAUGCAACUAUCCAAUGAUAUCUUGACUACCGAUCUCGAUUUUUUAACGAGAAACGUACAGGGGAAUAUGCUUCACCUUCUUUGGCACGGGAAAGGUGCAAAGCAGUCUUCCCAAAGAAAAAGGCCAAAAGAAACUUUUAGUCAUGUUUUAUUUCACAAAGGAGACCCUACUGAUGAGAUUCUUAAGUCCAACAUUUUUGCCACAAAGUUGAGCAACGAGAUAUGGGCUAAUUCUCAGGUGAAGCUAAGCCCUCGUGAGAAUUAUAAAGCCUUCGAUAUCGAGCAUUCGUCUGCGCAAAGCGAACGCUUGAGUGAUAACGGGAAAGAUGCUAUGGAGAAGAAGAAAAAAGAGAUCAGCAUCAAUAAUGAGGACGCAUCUUUUCGGAUGGAAUUGCACCGGAGAUCAUCCGCGCCACUUCUCCCACCCGAUGUGAACCUUUUGCAGAUAGACUACGAAAACAUUCCCGAGUCAUCGGUGCCCCCUAGCAUCAGAAAAAGAAGUCGAUUCAGUUUCUCGCUGGUACAAGACGCGGUGGAGAUAUGGAGGUAUCCCUUUGAUCCAUCACCUGUCAGAAGUGCUCGAAAUGUUGUAAGUAUGGAAAAGAGUCUGAAAGCGCAUUCCAAAUCUUUACAUGAAGAACAGGAGCACACCGGCAAAGAAGCAGCUGAUAAGCGCGAACCACUGAGAAAAAUCAGCGCUGUCUUAAAUAGCAAGCAGCAGGAACUGAAGCAAAUGCAAGACGCUCUUUCUGGUAAACGUUCAUUGGUCCUUAGCGACAUGUCUGAACUGGAUUCCCUAGCUUCCAAAUUAAAAUAUGACCUUCGAAGUUUGGAAACUCGCAUGAGAGAUGUUGAUGAGCGUGUGUCGCAGUUCCGCUCCAAGAUUGGUAAUAUGGCGUGGUCUUUGGAACACAGUAAGACCAACCAUUUAAUGACAUCGUCGCUUUAUAGCAACCCGAAGAAACUUGAUGGUUACGCUCGGGAAAUUUUGGAGCGGGCAAAUGGGUUCCGAUCGAACGGGGUCAUAUUAAAACUUUGGAAUAAAGCUGGCAACUUCUCAUCGCCCUUUUUGCGGGAAGUGCAUCGCUUUUGGGUCUAUUUAUGCAAACGGCUGGUUCCGCAAAAGCUAUCCGGACAAUACCCAGCCGAAGCGGCCCAUGAAUAG